AUGCCUAGAAGUUUAGCAUUUGGGGUUGAUAAUUGGACCCCCUGUCCUGGUUUGUCGGCACUCCCCUCGUCUGCCGUCCGUACACCCUCUCGUGGAAGCCUCUGGUCUUCGCUUGUUCUGAAGGUUAUGGAUGCUGAAAAAAGUGUUCAAGUGAAAGAAAAGCACAAGGGCGAGAGUAAUUUAGAACAUGCAAGAGUUGGCCGAGAUGCGUUUUUCCAUUUCAUGAAAAAGGAGUGGUUUAAAAUUGGGCAAGUGUGUAGUGCAAAGUCAAACACUAAGUUUAUCUCUACUUGUCCCAAUAGUAUGUUCAUCCCUUCUUGUUUCAGAUCACAAAUGGCACAAGAAAUGUCCCCACAAAAGAAUGAAGCUCAAAGCCAACAAAAGCCAAGAAUCAAAAUAAUGGAUGAAAAGAGAAAAUCAAAGCCAAACUAUGAUAGGAAAGCGAAGCACCCGGACUAUGUCCAGUUUCGGUGCAAUGUCAAUGCUUUCAAUAGCAUCAUUACAGACGUUAAAGACAAGCUCAAUGAAAGGCAGAAAAAGCUGCUCAAGAAAACGCCUUUCUGGAACUUGAUUGAGCUGUUUUACAACCAAAAAAUUGACAUGAAUAACAUGAAUAAGUCGGACCUCGACUUAGUAAAGCUGCUCAAGAAGUUUGAUCCAGAUACAAAGUCCUUCAAAUUUGGCACCAAAUCAUUCCAGAUCACAGCCAAUGCAAACAAGGCACUUUGGAGAAAAGUCAAAACCAUCAAAAUGCGUGGUAGAAAAAGAAUUACAAAAGACAAUUGCUUUGGCAAACCAAUCGAAGAAAGAAAAGGCCAAGGUAAAGCAAAAGAAGAAAACGAACGUAGGAAAAGGAAAAAAAAAGCUAAAGAAGAAGAAGAAGAAGAAGGGGAAGACAAAGAGGAAACGGAGGUUGUUGACUACGAUAAGGAUGUGGUCAGUCUAAUCUUGAUUAUGCUCUGCAUGACAUUCCUUUUCGCCAACUCUUCAUCCACUUUGCACUGGAAAAUUGUUGAGCACUGUGUGACUCUAGACACACUUUCAAACUUUUCGUGGGCAAGAGCUGUUUCAACCUACAUAAAUGACUCUUUGAUCACAAAGGCAAAAGCAAAGAAGGGAGGAAAAGCCUUUAUAGGAGUUGUUUCGGGUUGCACUAUCCUAAUAUUAUUUCUACUGUGUGAAAGGACAAAUAUCAUACAACCAAUCCUUGACAAGGAGAAAGAAACUCCUGCAAUUCUUAAAUGGAGUCUUGUGGAACUCCACACAAGAUUCAACCAAAUAAAGGAUUUAAACAACAUAGAGGGUAUUUUCAAAACCCCUACAAAACAAAAAACUCUCAGAGAAGAAGGAGACCCUGUUGACAAGGGUAUUUUGAAAACAUAUAAAAAGCGAAAAACUACCAGAGAAGAGGGAGACCUUGUUGAUAAGAAAAAAGAAAACAAAGAUGAUAAAGGAGGACAAGGAGAAGUAGAUGAAGUAGCAGAACAAGGAAAACUUGAUGAUGAUGAUCAAAUUCCAGAAUUAAAAGAGAUUAGAAAAAAUAAAAGGUUUGAGAUUGCAACUGGAAAAGAACCUGUUGUAAUUCAAGACCUCUUGGUGAAGUCCAUGACGGCCGAAAUCAACUACCGCCAACAUCAAGAUCCUAGCUUCGUUUGCCCAAAAAGAUUAAAACUGUGGAAGGAUGAAAUAAAUAAAGACAGUGAGAAGAAAAUGAUGGAAUUGUGGGAUAUAUUCAUCCAAACAGAAAAAAGAUCAAACGAAUUGGAAAAGGAGUUAGCAACACACAAAGAGAAAUUACAUGAAGAAUGUGUGGCUGCUACUAUGACAGUGGAAUCUACAAUUCUGCUUCACGAAAUACAAAAUUUGAAAAGGAGGAUUACAAAAUUGGAAGGCAAGGAACCUCAUAUUGAGCCGGAGACGAGUGCCAAGAAAAUGAAGAUUCAAGAAAAGUACAAGGCAGAAAUUGAAGGCAUGUUCUCGGACCCAACAAUCUUUGAAAUAGAGCGGGAUCUGCUUACAACACAACUAACACAGCCAGUUGAAGACAAAGAAGAAGAUAGAGAAGAAGAAAAGAAAGAAGAAACAAAAAGAAAAAGAAGAGAAGAAGCAAGAUGCUCCAACACUUGA